UACUCAUAAUAAUUACCGUCCCUGAAUAAUACACACUUUUCCGUACGUCUUUACUCUAGAAAACAUGAGCCGGCCAUCGAAAAUUAUAAGUUCGGCGUAAUAAAACUUCUUGCUCGGCACAUAGAUGUGAAACAGCUGAUUUACAUGUGAAACGUUUAUAGAAAAGAAAAAUAAAAGCAUUUUCGUGUGUGAAGUGAUUCGCGUUUUUAUUAAAUUGUGGACAUUAAUAAAUCAAAUAAAAUGCUGGGAAGUCGGCGAAACUUAAAAAGCGAGGUAGUGAGUGUCCCGGUAGCAUCUGAACCACGCGAUUAUGAGUCUCAUUUGCAAUCAAAUGCAAAUAUAGUUUCUGGAAAUGAUCCUGCUAACAGUGUGCGUCCAAUUUCUUUAAAAGAGCAGCUAAAAGAUUGGGCUUUGAAACACAAGCCAAGUAGGGAGUGUUGCAAUGAUAUACUUGCAAUUCUUGCUAGACAAAAUCUCGAUGUCCCAAGGGAUAUUAGAAGCCUCAUACCAAAAAAAAGCAAGUUGGUUAUUAAGAGUGUACCUCCUGGGUUUUAUUCUCAUUUUGGCAUAGAAAAACAAUUAAUGUCUUUUGGUGAUUAUGUUUCUCAAUUCGAAGAAAUCGUUUUCGACAUAAAUGUUGACGGAAUACCUUUGUUUAGAAGCUCAAGGGUUCAACUCUGGCCAAUUUUGAUAAGAAUUUUAAACUUUAAAGUCAAUAACAUUUUGCCAGUAGGUAUUUACAUUGGAAAACAAAAACCAAAAGAUUUAGAAGUUUAUUUGCUGGAUUUUGUUCAAGAACAUGAUAAUCUUUCGAAGACUGGUAUUUGCGUUAGUAAUAAAAUAGUUAAGCUUAGAUUGAGGGCGGUGAUUUGCGAUGCUCCGGCUACAGCUUUUAUAUGUGGCACAGUUGGACACACAUCUUCCCACGGUUGUUCCAAGUGUACACAGGUAGCACGGAAAAUCGAUCAGGUUUUGACGUACACUACAAAUUCAGACAAACUAAUUACAGAUGAAGAUUUCACGGAGAGGCGACUGAAAAAUCACUUCAGCAAAAAGUUUAGGUCAGAGGCUUCUCCCUUGGAAACUCUUAAUAUAAAAAUGGUAAGCCAAAUUGCUCUUGACACUAUGCACCUUAUUGAUUUAGGGGUGGUAAGGAAAUUUCUAAUACGCUUGCUGAACAACAAAACCAGUUUGGAGUACAAAGCUCCUAAGGAAAAUCUUAGUACCAUUUCGACUAAAUUAGUCUCCCUUAGAAAGUAUAUUCCACUAGAAUUUUCCCGUCGACCGCGAGGUUUUGAAGACAUUGUUCAUUGGAAAGCAACGGAAUAUCGCCAAUUUUUGCUUUAUACAGGGAUACUGGCAUUAAAAGGAAGCAUUCAUGAUGAACUCUACUAUGAAUUCCUCUUACUCCACUGCUCAUGCAGACUUCUAUCGUGUCCAAGAUCCUACGAAGAAAAUAUAUCGCUUUGUCAAAAUAUGCUAAGCCUAUUUGUGGAAAACUUUCCAAUAGUUUUCAAAGAAAAUAGUGUGAGCUAUAAUGUACACAGUCUUUUACAUCUUACCGAGUGUGUAAAGCAAUUUGGUGUUUUGCAAAAUUUUUUCGGCCUAUGGCUUCGAAAAUUAUCUUCAGAUUUUAAAAGGCUACGUAAAAAAACCACAAUGCGUACUCAAGCAAAUUUACAAUAA